GAGCGCGCAGCCGGGUGGGCUGAGGGGCGACGGCGGCCUGGGAGCCGGGGAAGUUUGAGCGACCGUUGGCAGUGCUGCGAUCGGGAGCCAGGCUGAAGCCGGAGGACCAGGGGGCGGGCGUCCCGGCUUACGGACGCCCCCGGGCCCGCUGCCACUGUCUCGCGUCCUCUCGCCUGGAAAAGUGUUUAAGCUUUUAAAAUGUCAUCUAUCAAGCACUUAGUUUAUGCAGUUAUUCGUUUCUUACGGGAACAAAGUCAGAUGGAUGCUUAUACUUCAGAUGAACAAGAAAGUUUGGAAGUUGCAAUUCAGUGCUUGGAGACAGUUUUUAAAAUCAGCCCAGAAGAUACCCAUCUAGCAGUUUCACAGCCUUUGACAGAAAUGUUCACCAAUUCCUUCUGUAAGAAUGACAUUCUGCCUCUCUCAAACUCAGUCCCUGAAGAUGUGGGAAAAGCUGACCAAUUAAAAGAUGAAGGCAAUAACCACAUGAAAGAAGAGAAUUUUGCUGCGGCUGUGGAUUGUUACACACAGGCAAUAGAACUGGAUCCAAAUAAUGCGGUUUAUUAUUGCAACAGGGCUGCUGCUCAGAGUAAAUUAGGUCACUACACAGAUGCAAUAAAGGAUUGUGAGAAAGCAAUAGCAAUUGAUUCAAAAUACAGCAAGGCAUAUGGGAGAAUGGGACUGGCCCUCACUGCCAUAAAUAAAUUUGAAGAAGCAGUUACAAGUUACCAAAAGGCAUUAGAUCUUGACCCUGAAAAUGAUUCUUAUAAGUCGAAUCUGAAAAUAGCAGAACAGAAGUUAAGAGAGGUAUCCAGUCCUACAGGAACUGGAUUGAGCUUUGACAUGGCUAGCUUAAUAAAUAAUCCAGCCUUCAUUAGUAUGGCAGCAAGUUUAAUGCAGAAUCCUCAAGUUCAGCAGCUAAUGUCAGGAAUGAUGACGAAUGCUAUUGGGGGACCUGCUGCUGGAGUUGGGGGACUAACUGACCUGUCUAGCCUCAUCCAAGCGGGACAGCAGUUUGCUCAGCAGAUACAGCAACAGAAUCCUGAACUUAUAGAGCAACUUAGAAAUCACAUCCGGAGCAGAUCAUUCAGCAGCAGUACUGAAGAACAUUCAUGACUUGACCAGGGACCCUGGCCCAGAGCACAAAUGAUUAUGGCUCUUAAGUGUUUGCUGUAGAUAGUGGCCAAAACAAAGACACCUAAAGAAUCAAUCUGUCUAGAUGAUAGGUUUAUCAUAAAGACUUGGAACAUAACAUGACUCCUUUGUAAACAAAUGAUCAGUAGCCCUGUGGAGUGCCAGUGUAGUACUGGACAGGGUUCCAUUUUCAAAUCUUCAUCAUCAUAUUUGUAUAUUAGACCUAAUAGCAGAGUAUAUUUAUUGAACAGUAAGGCUGUUUAUUGGUGAGCUCUCCAGCUCCAGAUUCCCUUAAGCAAACUUCUUUGAAAGAUGGAGAUGAUGAAGAGGAAAGGUUUCUCAUGCUGGUUUAGGAGAAAUAUCCUGGCCACUGAACAGCGUGUCUGGAGAGAAGAAAUUUAUUGUCUAGAUUUCAUUUGGAAAGUGCUCUCAGGACUGAAUAUAGAUCACAGGGCCAGUACUACCUUUAAUGCUGCUUGUUCUGAUGGGUAACAGGGAAUACUGAGAGCUGGUGGAAAGCAGCAUUUGGUGCAGGGGUUGUUUUUUGAAAAGGAAAAUAGAUGCUGUGAAUGUACAGAGAGUGAAGGUAGGAUGUUCAGGUUUUCUGCAUAGUUCUUAACUCAUCUUGCCUGCAGUUUGGUCUUGAUAACAUUAGCAUGGCCAAUUACUCUAAGAACAUAAUAAAAUACAUUUAGAAAUCCUUAAUGGUUCUUUAGGUCCUUUGUAUAACUAUUCAAUUUAAUGUACACAAUUUCUCCAGUGGUGACCUUACCAUGGAAACUCUCAAAUAUAUUUACAUUUAAAUAAGCCAGUGGUUUGACCCUCAAGUUAAGGAUUUUCUAAGUGGCAUUUAAUUAUGUGCAUAUAAAUACUGAUUUUUUAAAAACUCACUAAUUAUUUGAUGGAUUACGAAAAGCUUCUAUCACUAACAUUGCUUGUUCAUGUAGACCUUUGCUGUAAUUUGGCUUGGCAUGUUGCUUUUAUGCUUAAUUGUAAUUUGAUGCAAUGUAAACAUUAACAGGGGACUUAAAAUAUUUCACUGAAAUCAGAACUCAUAGUAGUUAAUGAAGAAAUGUGGCAUUAAGUAUUAAUGGCAUGGCUUUAACUACAGUGAUGGAAAGACCAGUCUAACUGGAAUUUCUUUUGUUAAUUACAGAAUUGGUAAAGUUGGGUGAACACACAAUUUCACAAAUGUUGUGAGAGACAACUGAAAAAGUAAUACAAAAUUAAGUUAGUAAUACUCAUGAUGAGGGCUUUACUAUAACUACUGUCCUCAGAAGACCUGGUAUCUGUAAGUUUAAAAACCAACUUUUCCUUUCUUUCCCUUGUGAGAUUAGAACAGUGGUUCUGUAAUUUCACUGUAAGAAUUCAUUAAAAAUGCAGUUU